GCGAAAAUUUAUCAACGUUGUUGAGUUGCACCCCGAGAUAGAUCUAUCACCUCGAUCUCGAUCACCUCUGCGCAUAUUUUUAUUCUAUAAUUUUAUUUCUUCCCAAUAAAUAAUAAUAUUUAUACACCAGUUUGAACAUAAUGCCGGAACAAAAUGAAGGUAAUCAAACAGGAGCGGAAAAAUUCAAUCCGGACUCAAUGCAAGACCUACUUCCGAUCUAUUACAAACGUCUUUUCCCUCACAAGAUGUUUUAUCGCUGGAUGUCUUACGGCCUCUCGGAACCAGCGAUAUUUUCAAACCGCGAGUUCUCAUUCACCCUGCAAGACGAUAUCUAUAUCCGGUACCAGUCGUUUGAGAAUCAGUCCGAACUGGAGAAGGAAAUUUGUUCGAAAAACCCGUUCAAGAUCGACAUCGGCGCUGUUUACAAUGUUCGCCCUAAGGAUCAUCGGGCCAGCACAGUCAUGAAACCAGUCCAACGUGAACUGGUAUUCGAUAUCGAUAUGACCGAUUACGAUGAAAUUCGAACGUGCUGUAACGAGGCGAACGUUUGCCCCAAAUGUUGGAAGUUCAUGACCAUUGCUUGUAAAAUAAUAGAUACGGCCCUGAGGGAAGAUUUUGGCUUCGAACACUUGCUGUGGGUUUUCAGUGGUCGUCGAGGUAUCCAUUGUUGGGUGUGUGAUAAAACGGCACGUCAUCUGAACGGCAAAGGUCGCUCCGCGAUUGCAUCCUAUUUGCACAUUUUGGUCAGCGGAGGUGAGGGGUCUGUAACGCGAGUUAACUUGGGCAGAAAAAUACAUCAUUCGAUCAAGCGAGCCCACCGGAUAAUCGAGCCACUCUUUGAGGAAAUCUGUUUGGUGGAGCAGAAUAUGUUUGGUACCUCGGAUGGACUUAGGAAGCUUCUGGCCAUGGUCAAAGACGAAGGAGUUCGACUUGACUUGGACAAAAAAUUGCAACCACUUGCGGGGGAUUCGAAAGCUGUAUGGAAUGCGUUUGUGGCGUAUUUUGAAGCCUACCGGGUGUCGGGCCUGAAGAAGAAUUGGCGGUUGAAAUACAUCGUCGAGGAGGUACAGCUAGCGUUGACCUAUCCCAGGAUUGACAUCAAUGUCAGUAAAGGGUUUAACCAUCUGUUGAAAUCACCUUUCUGCGUGCAUCCUAAAACCGGGAAGGUGUGCGUUCCGUUCAAUCCUAAUGUGGCAGAUAAAUUCGAUCCAACGCGGGUACCUAGUAUUACAGCUCUACUGAACGAGGUAAAUACAUUCGACCAGAAACAGGCCGCUGAUGGAGAGGAGGAAAGGUCACGAAUCAAAGACUACAAAAAGACGAGUAUGUUUAAGGGCACCGUUAUCUUUGAAGAAUUUCUUAGAAAGCUAGAACAAACAUUCAAAGGCAAAGCUAUUUUGACGAGCGACAAGAAAAUGGAAUUUUAGUUUCUAGUUUUUAGUUUUAAGCUUUCUAAUUUUAUUUGAUAAAAUAAAAAAUAAU